ACCAUAAAAGCUCUAUAUUAAACGGUGUAACUCUAACCUAUAUACAUUUUGAUGGAUUUGUGAUUAUUAAUGGAUAGUUUUAAUAAAUAAACGGAUACUUCCACUAUCAACAUCAAGAUCGAAAUUGUACUGUGACCUAGAUUAGAUCUUGGGUUUUGUGAUCUGUAAUAGUUCUGUCUACAAGCAUGUCAUAAGGAGGCACAUGUAGUUAUAUUGAAUAUUGCUAUUUCUAUUACACUGCAGAUAAACAGAAAUCUCUUUCUAAAUGAAAAAAUGUCAGCUCUACUCUUCUAUACUUUAUUUUAUUUUCUGAUGUCCGGAUGUAUCAUCUAUCCGCCCACGGAAUUUGUCUCAGCAGGGUUGACCGUCAAGGACGUCUUCGCAAAUUGGCUUGGUAGUGAAAAUGAGUUUUUCAUACAGUAUCAUAUUAGGAGGACUGUAGCCACAUUACUUCUACACUCUGCACUACCUCUGGGCUAUGUUCUAGGAUUGCUUUUCUUCGAUCACAUAGAUCCUGGAAAACUAUUGUUAGUGGAUGGAAAUUAUCUUGGACCAUUGAUUGUUCUUUGUGUCACGAUUGGUCCGCUUUAUAUACUGAAUAAAGUCCUCGAGUGGUCAGCACAUGAUUGGGCCACACAUCCAAUAGCGCAAAAUCUAUCUGUGUAUUGUAAUAAUAAUACACCAUGGACAGCUGUUGCUUCGGACAUUAAUACAGAGUAUCGAAGAAUAGAUAAAAUUGUUAUUAUCACAAAUAGCGUAACUCGUGUCGUAGCGACGGACAAUUGGAUUAUUAAAAUCACGCCUUAUAAAUUGCAAGUGGCUCAUCAAAGUGAUGCGACUUUAGUCGUGAAUAAGAGUGACAUACAUUUUAUGUCGCCGACUACGAGAGAUCAAAUACAGUUUAUCAAUAUACAGGUGAAACCUAUGCGAGCUAUGGCACAGGAGUUUGACAUAAGAUUAAAUGCAUUGGAUUUCAAGGAUCUACAGGACAAAGUUUCAAGACCAAUUGCUAUACUGCAUAAUAUAACGUUCCAUAGAACCUUACUCGAUAGAUUUAUCGAUACUUUUAAAGAAGAGGUCGAUAAAAACCCAUUCUACGAUACUGCUGAGGAGUUGGGUCAAUGUAUCGGAUGUAUGCAAGCAUUGUCAAAUAUAAAAUUGAAUAGAUUAUGCAAUAAUGCCGAUAGCAGAGACCUUGACGAUUGCACGACAUGUUAUUGCCGUCCAAUGUGGUGUAUAGAAUGUAUAGCGAAAUGGUUUGCCUCGAGACAAGAUGAGAAUGCACCAGAAACGUGGCUGUCCUCCAAAUGUACCUGUCCUCUCUGCAGAGCACGAUUUUGUGUUUUAGAUGUAUGUCUUGUAAGAAAUCCUAGUAAUUGAUAUCAAAAUGAUAUGCAUUAUUUUGAACUGUUCUUAUGAAAUAAUUCUUAUUUGUAUUAAUUUUAAUACAAUUUUUUUAA